UUGCCCGAAAAACGUGGGACUGAAUUGUUGUGCAUCAAAGCUAGAAAGACGAACAUCAGACAUCAUGGCCCGUAAAAAGAGCAAAUCUAAAAAGGCAGCCCAGAGGAAGCAAAACUUAGCAGAGAACGAUUAUGGGAAAGCCCCUCAUACAUUUGUCUUCAAUCGAGGUAGGGUCGGGAAGAAUGGACUCCAGCUUAUGCUUGAUACGAGACAAGUGAUGGAGCCCUUUACAGCAUCAAGUCUUCGGGCUCGAAAGAAGAACACUCUCAAAGACUUUGUAGGAGUAGCAGGUCCUCUUGGUGUUUCUCACUUUAUGUCCUACACAAAAACAGAUUCGGCAAUUCACAUGAGAAUAAUGAGGCUUCCCAGAGGGCCGACAUUGACCUUCAAAGUUCACAAGUAUACCUUAGCUAAGGAUGUUGUAUCAUCGUUACGGAGACCCAGUAUGUACGCAUCACAGUUCCUUCAUCAUCCUCUCCUAAUCCUCAACAACUUCAAUGGCAAUGAACUCCGCUUCAAGCUCAUGACGACCAUGUUCCAGAACAUGUUUCCAUCCAUCAAUGUCAACAAUGUUCAUCUCAAUGACAUUAGAAGGUGUGUUCUGCUCAACUACAAUUCUCAGACCAAACGGAUAGAAUUCAGACACUAUUCCAUCAAAGCUGUACCUAUGGGGAUGAGCCGAAGCACCAAGAAGCUUCUCCAGAGUAAAGUUCCUAAUCUAGGACGCUACCAGGAUGUUAGUGACUUCUUCCUAAACACUGGUAAUUUGUCAGAAAGCGAGGCUGAGAUGGAUGGAGAGCACAACGAAGUGACUCUACCCCAGAGGUUAGCCAGCCGAGGCAACCUUGACAAUCAGAAAAGUGCUAUUAGGUUAAUAGAGAUUGGUCCGCGGCUACAACUUGGUCUGAUUAAGAUAGAGGAAGGUCUAUGUGAAGGAGAGGUUCUCUAUCAUGAAUCCAUAACAAAAACCAAGGAGGAAAUUUCAGCAGCCAGGGAGGUGAAAUUCAGGAAGAAGAUUGAAAAGAUCAAGAGAAAAAAGCAACAAGAGGCAAACAUAGCCAAGAAAAAGAAGGAGAACGAUGAAAACAAGGCACGCUCUAUCGAAGGGAUGAAGAGGAAGUAUGGAAAAGAGACCAAGGAUGGAAAGAAUGUAGGAGAAGAGGAGGAUGAAAAGAAGGAGGAAGAGGAGGAUGAUGAUAGGGAGUAUUACAGAGAAGCAGUAGGAGAAGAACCAGAUGCAGGUAUGUUUCCAAGAAAGCGAUCAAAAUCUUCUCAGGGAAGCAGAGGUAGGGGCACCAACAAGCGGCAGAAGUUUGGAUCCCAAGAUCGGAGAAGAGGAGAUUCAAGGGAACGAGGAGAUGGAGGAGGAGGAGCAAGAAGGGGAGAGAGAGGAGGGAGAAGAGGAGGGGGCCGAGGAAGGGGCAGAGGAGGGAGCAGUGGUGGAAGAGGAGGUCAUCGUGAAUCAGGAGCCAGUAAAGGAAACGGAUCCUUCAAACCCAAAUUCAGUGCAAGAACUCAGGCUGCAAGAUCAAGAGGAGGAAGAGGGCAGAAAAGGUCAUUUUCAAAGCGCUAAAAGGAUGGAGAAAAUGAACACUAAAUUGGUCUAUUAAAGAUUUAGGUCAAAAUAAUACUGUCUUCCUCAAUAGUUAAUGCACAUAUAUGAGGAUUGGCCAAAUGAGGGAAGGAGUUUUAUGAAAGGUGCAAAAUCAUGUAAUGAAUUGUCAGAAAUGUGGAAAAAUAUUAUUUAUUAGAGACACUCAGCAAGAGUGUUGAUUCUCGUGAAACUCUUGUGGGAGAACAAGUGGUAUGAUUAUCUAGCCAAUAGAAACAUUUGGUAUUUCAAGUUAAUAGUCUAUGUUGGUAUCAAAUUUGUUAACUAAUCUAGCCUUCACACAAAUUUCUGGUUUAUAAAAAAUGAUACCUUGUAUAUCAUUGAUAGUUUUAACACCUUGUGCGGUCAAUCCCUGCCCCAGCAUCAUUUCAGGUGUGGUGUUGUGGCUGGUGCUAGGUAGUAUUACCUCGAUACUCAACACCACCCUUUAACACUGAACUUGAAAAUUGCCCACCACUGGUGCCCUACAGAUAUCUAUCUUUGACCAUCAUCAUCUAAGAGAUUAUUGAAGUACAAUGGGUGCAUCUAGAACAGUGGAAUUCUUCAGUGUAAUUGAUAAAUUUCCUAGAUCCAUGGUCGAAGAUAAUAGAGCACCGAAGUGUGAUGUCAUCAAUUUUCACUUUUUUU